AUGGCCCCGCGGCCCUCCAAUCUAGAGUAUGAAGAGGAGUCUAGUCUUAGGUUGCCGCUGCUUACGGACAGUCAAGACGUUGACAGAGAGAGCAGCAGCAGCAGCAGCAGCAGCAGCAGCGGGACAGCAGCAGCAUUGUGCUGCAGCGCGAAGCUAGGACACAGCCGCUGCUGCAUCGCUUUGGCAGCAGCAGCAUCUGCAGCAGCAGCUGCUGCAGCAGCAGCAGCAGCAGCUGCUGCAGCAGCAGCAGCAGCAGCUGCAGCAGCAGCAGCAGCUGCUGCUGCUGCAGCAAUUAGAAGGACCUGCCGCGGCAGCCCGCGACGCAAGCGCCCAUGGCGUCGUGCAGGCCCACGUCUUGUAGAGACGCCUGAGCAGCAGCAGCAGCAGCAGCAGCAGCAGCAGCAGCAGCAGCAGCAGCAGCAGCUGGUAAACGCUUAA